ACUUCAUUACUAAAGGAUUCUUGAAAUAUAUUAAGUGAAAUAACAAUGAAAAGACUGAUAAGUUUAUUUUUCAUCGUUUGUUUACUCCCGGCAAAUUCAACAUUAAAAGGAGAAGCGAAAAUUUGAAUAACAAAUUGAAGCGGAAAAUGACGCAAACAUAAAAGUUUUUGCAUCUUAAACUUGCCGCUAAAAUAAACAAAUCUUUUAAUUCCACUUAUAAUAACCGAUAUCAAUUAAAAAGAUGAAUGAAACUAUAGUUAAGAUCAACAGCUCAUUCGUCUCUGAAAGGAUAAAUAAAGUACGAUUCGUAGAGACAGAAUCGAGUCAGGAACCCGACAUGUUCUUGAGUGGAUCAUCAGAUAAUAAAAAUAAUGUGAAAUUAUGGAAAUUAAUAAGAAAUGAGUUCUCUGACGAAAUGGAAAGUGAGCUAGUGCCGAAAGCAUUCACUAAAAUCUCAGUCGAUGGUGAAGUUACAGGAUUGGAAGUCGUGGAUCAUAACAACUUUGUCGUCUCAUCUGGUUCCGGCAUUUCUUUUGUGUGGAUAAAUCGCGACAUCGAAAGAAACAACUUAAGAGAAAACAAACGAUUUAAGAAUCUACACAAGUUUAAAACUGGAGACUCUGCUUUAUGUACUGGUGUUGCUUUAUAUGACGAUAGCGUUUGUUCAAUUGGCGAGGAUGGAAAAAUUGCAGUUUUAUCUUUAACAAGCCAAAAAUUGAGUGCAGAAAUUGAAAAAGCUGAUUCAGUUACACAAACAGCUGUCAAAUUCAUAAGCUAUAAAGAACUCAUUACUGGUAAUCGACUUGGCAUCAUGAAAUCCUUCGAUUUGAGAUCAGGAUUGAAAGAAGCAACGGCAACUUUCGCAAUUUCAUGUGAAGAUGAAAAGAAAUCCAACGGAGUCACCUGCAUUGCUUAUCAUCCAACACAGCAACAUAUUAUUUUGGGAGGAUCUGAGGAGGGUUCAAUAACAGUUUACGAUUUACGUCAACCAAGUUAUCCUGCAUCAUAUUUAAGCGCACACGAUCAUGCAAUAACAGAAUUAAUGUUUCAUCCAACACAACCUGAUAAACUCUUCUCAACUUCAACUAAUGGAGAAAUGUGGAAAUGGACACAAAACAUGAUUCAAACAAUUCCACAAGAUUUCGAAGCAAAAACUCCUCUUGAAACUGUCAACUCUUGGUUGAAUGGCGAAAGAGCUAAGAAAAAUGUUCAAAUCUCAACAGUUUUGAGUGGUUUAAGAAAAUCCAUCACAUCUGUUGAUUGUUCCAAACAAUCAAGGCUUGUCUGUUCAUGUAACAAUGAAGCCAUUUAUUUGAUCGACAAUGUAUAUUAAUAAAGAUCAAUUCAUGAGUUUAAAUAAAGUUAAAAAUGUGUCGAAAAUUUAUUUAUUUAUUCUUUUGCAUCUCCAAUACCAUCAGCAUUGAUAGAGAAAGUUGCUUCAGAUUCAGGUAAACAUGGCGAGUCAUAAAUUUUGCAAACACGAUUCUCACCACGAGCUUUGCGAAGGUAAAGACGUGUUGUUGAAGCAUGAGCAAUGAUAUUUCCUCCAAUUGGUUUCUUUGGAUCUUGUUGAAACAU